AGUAUCAAUACUCCAAUAACUAACUGAGCACAAAUGGUCUUUAUAGUGAGUUUUUUUUAUUAGCGUCACAUUAUUCAUGAAUGUUAAUAGAUGCAUGUGUUUCAUAUGUACCCCACCUGGUUUGGUAAACAUCCCCUCUUAAGGCAUCAUCAUCCCACAGCCCUCGCAUGUUUAAUCUGGUGCAUGCCCCGCAGACCCAGCAGGCUCGGCCAGCUGUUGGAUCCCCGCCACCAGGGCAGCGUCUCGUCGGGGAAGGCGUGUCCGCCCCACAACUGCUCCGCGCCCCUUUGUCCUCCGCCGGUGCCCUGCCAGCGACACUGAUGGCGGCUGCAGCCGUCAGGCAGCGCUCCGGCCCGGGGGGCCCCCGGGCGCAGCUCCCGCCCUGCUACUACGAGGGAUACCUGGAGAAGCGAGCCCCGAAAGAGAAGGGAUCCAGGCGGCUGUGGACCUGUCUUUGUGGGAAUUCUUUAUAUUUCUUCAACAAUGCCAAGGACACUCACUAUGUGGAAAAGCUGGACCUCAAUGGAUUUGUGUCCCUGAAGGACGACUGUAGUCGGGACAGAAACCUGGAGGCAGCCAGACUCAUUCUCCGCAUGAAGGAUGGGGAGACCAAGCUCACAGCACCAAACUUAGAAUCCCGGGAGCUGUGGAAAGGUUUCCUCUACUCUGUUAUAGAUCUGAAUGUGCCGUCCUGCCUCACGUUGCUGCCAGGGCAACUACAAAUGCUGAGGGAGGUUGUGGACAAAGAAAGAUCCAGGAGGAGGUCUCGCAACCCUGCACGAGCUCCUCCUUCGCCUCUCUCAGUUCCUUUAGUGGGAGAGAUCCCACCGUGUUUUCGUCCUGUCUCACGCACAGAGGCUGAAGUCCUCUUAGAGAGACACCCCGACUGUGGCAACAUGUUGCUUCGUCCAGGUAGAGACGGAUGCUCGCUGGCUGUCACUACUCGGCAAGACCUCAAUGGGUCAGUGUUCAGACAUUACAGGGUCACUCAGAGGGAUCAAGGUGGUUAUGUCAUUGAUGUGGAAAAUCCUAUUCCCUGUGCUACACUUCAUGAGGUCAUUGAUGCCUUGGUAGAGAAGACAGCAGGCACUCUGCAGCCUUUCCUACUGGAGGAGCCUUAUGAGGAGAAUAUCACAUAUGUGUCUGCUAAUGAUGAAAAUGGGGAGCGCAUUCUCCACACUGCUCCCACCAGCCCCCUGCCCAAGGCCCCUGCCCUGCCUCCAAAAGAUCGUUGGUGUAGUAGCCCCCUGUCAAGGUCACCUGCCCCGGACCGACGAAUCCUGACCUCGCCAGUGCCGGCUUCGCCCACCAACCCGAUGAGACGGCUCAUCCUCUCCCCUUCGCCUCUUGCACACACACUUAAUGAGGAACUUAAAAUGACGCUGGAGAGGCGGCGAGCCAGCCAGGAGUGACAUAAGCAGGACUUGGUGUCACAGUAUCCUCAGUCUCCGACCCCACACAACAGCUUCAGUAUUUUCCCAUCCUGUGCCUUCUCGCUGGAAGACAAGCAACUACAAAACCACCACUUUCUAUUCGGGAAGUGUUCCUUCUUUUUUUGUCUCGAUAUGCUGUUGGACUUCAUGUGAAUACAUUGACUCAGAUGAGCUCCUUACGAGCAACAUUGACUAGGUAUCUCAUGCAGUUAGAUCCAUACGAUUUCAUGAAAGGAUACCUGCCUUGGUUGAAUAACAACCCACUUGUCCAUUUGCAUAUAGCUGUUUACAAAUUGCCUCUGAACAACUAUACUGCCACAACACAAUCCCGUCAACAGACACUAAAAGCCAACAUGACCUAUUGGAGAAGCCUGGCACAUAACGGGACCCCCAGCUGAGCCCAGUGUUUACUUGUGUUAGCUGCUCGCUGGGGGGUGAACUGCUGAUGUCACUGCUACGACACCAGAGACGAUAUGAACAAACAAACCACAGAACGCCGAGAUCAACACCGGAGCAGUGCACUCUCACCUGAGACGUUGUGUCUGCCCUGAAAGAAAAAUAAUCAGGGGUAAGCUCUGGUUUCUGUUUAGAAGUUUGUUUCAGCCAAUAAUGUUUGUCUGAUGCUUUGAAAACAAUUUCUGCUCAAAAAGCAACCCUUAACGUUGAUUAUUAAUUGCUGUUUAGAUGACUGUGACGUAGCUCAGUACAACUGAACUUUUACGUGAUGGAGCAAACUUUUGCGUGUGUCCUUGCUUUCUGCUACAAUCUGUGUGCAACUAUGUGGUGCUAUGACCUAUAAAUACCCUGACCUGCCUGAAACGGGAGAUAAUUUGUGCUCCUUCUCAAGAAAACCACUCCACUUCAGUCAUAUGUGAAGGUGCCCUCUAGUGGAGUUACUGUAAAUCAAAACGUGGGAAACUUCAUCAGCACAUCCUCUGUAGAGCACAAGUACCUGACGAGUCCUUUCAUGAUGCAAAAUGAACCCAUUUUAUGGUUUUCUUGCAGUAUUAUGUGACACUCCAUAUCAAUCCUCGAAUCAGUUCGUUACAGAUCUGAAGGUGCUCAAGGAAUAAUAUGUUUUCCUACAUAUGUGUUUGACAAUUCUGCCUUUUUUUUUAGCCUGUCCCUACUGGAUAGUGUCAAAACUGUGAACAUAAGUGUCUUCUUACAAUGAACAGUUUAUUGAAUGUUUGUACUGUUGUGUUGUUUCUGCUUCAUCACUAUCAAAUAAUUGUGUUUGAUAGAUAUGAAGGAAAUUAAAUAGUUUUGCAUGGCUCUUCUGUGUCAGGUUGUGAAUGAUCGCUCAUGCAUUCUCAGUGUUAUGUUGGGAUUAGAGAGAUUAAUAUUUGUCACUGAGCUUAAAGUGUAUUUUAUUAUCUGAUAACAUACAACUGAGUGUACGU